UCAAUUAGGCUCCGCCUUUUCCUCUUACUUCAGGAAGAGGAGGGGAAACUAGGAAAUGGGAACUAAUACAAAUAUUCUGCUAAACUUUGGUAUUCAAGGGUACAUUUGUGAAAAGGACUGGUCGUGCUGUAAGCACAUGUCAUCCGAUCUUUGACGUUUUCCUGGUGUCAAACUACAUGUCGCUGGCUGGACCGUCAUUGAAAAGAUGCAAACAGCUAUCGACUGCUUCAGCUUGGAAGGAUUUGAUCGUGAUGCUGUCGGCUCAGAGGUGGAAUUGGAUGAUAAAAAUGGUUUGGAAGCCCUUCGCUCAGUGCUCCAGAGCAAUCUCUCAACGCCACACCCUGACCAGUGGCGCCGCUCGGAAGAAUCGAGUGAUGCUGAACUUGAGGCUUUACGAGCUGGCUUGUCUGCCCAGAGCCCGGCGCCGCAACUCAUGCCCAGCAAGAGGGACCACGUGUGCUGGGAGUGCAGCGAACGCUUCGAGACGCUGCACGACCUGAUGGAACACUUCCAGCAGCACAAGGCUUCAGGGCGCUGCCACCUGUGCCAGAUCACGUUCUGUCGCGGGGCAUCGCUGGCCAUACAUCUGGACAAUGCCCACCAAAAUGACCCCCUCGUGUGCCCCGUCAAACGCUGCAGUGCCCAGCUCCACAACACGUGGCACCUAAACAAGCACGUUGAGCUGUGCCACACAGUUAAAGGUCUGGGGGUGAAGGAGGACGAGGAGGAGGAGGAGGAGGAGGAGGAGGAGGUGAUGGAAGAACAACAGCUGCUGAGAGAAGGACAAAUGAGGCUCCCAGGAGAGCAUCUCCACGAGAGCGACCAUUCAUAUCACAGCUCUGUAAACAUCGGUAAGGUUCAUGUAGACCACACCUAUAACUGCAGGAGUGGGAAGACGUGCCCGCAGUAUGCGCUCAGCUCUGCGCCCCUGAAUGCGCGACGCACAAGGGCCCCCAGGGCCAGGGUGGGAAGGAGGUCAGUCCCGUUUGGGACCAGCCCAUUGUCUGGUAAGAGAGGCCGUUUUAGACUGCUAGAGCGCACCGACGUCAAGCCCAACGUCAAACGCAUGAGUCAAAGGAGACUCCACUCUAUUGUUGUGCCCUCAAACACAGCACAGGGGUGUGAGAACAGGAGUGUGAGUCAGGACGACAGCAUGGAGGAGAGCGCUCCCAUCCAGUGGCACGAAGACGAGGAGUUUGCUGAGGAGGAGGUUGGCGAAGGAGAUGAAUCAAGUGACACAGGAGAGGAAGACAAUGAGUCUGAGGAUGAUGGUGAGAGUGACUCCCUGCCCCCUGGGGACUCAAUAUAUGUCCCAGAGGAGUAUGUUGGUUCCCAUUCAGAUUCGGAAAUAGACUAUUUGGAUUCAGAAUCAUCCUCUUCAGACUCCAGUGACAGUAACUCGUACACCAGGGGUGGCAAGAAGAUGCCCUCUAAGGGCAGAAAGAAAGCCAACACGGGCUCUGUGGUGAAACAGGUGUCAACCAUCUACACUUCCGAAAUCUGGCAGAAAUGUCCUCACUGCGGGCUGGGCCCUUACCUUGACCUGAGGCACCACAUGGUCAAGUGCUGUAGUAAAGGUCCAGACAACUGCAUUAAAUGCUGGAGGGCAUAUGGUCGUAAUAUGGAGUUUAUCUGUGUGGACUGCAAGAAGACGUUCCCAGGCUCAGGCUCCUGCAGCGUCCAUGUCUGUCCUGUCAGGCAAUGUCAGCCUGUUCGGGCAAUGUCAUGGGCCAAGAUGUCUGCCGGGCCAAAAUCCCAUCCCAAAGACCACCCUGCGGCUCCUACAACGGUGAAAUCCGAGCCGGCGCCAGUCCCUGUCAUUACCCAGCCUCCUCAGCUUUACCAGAUUAUCACUCUGUUGCCCUCUGGUGUGAUUGCCACCCAAGCUCAGUCUACCAGCAUUACUCAGACUUCAGUUCCGUCCUCAGCCAGUACUGCUGUAUUACCCAACAACGCGGUUGUGAAAGCAAUCAGUCAGGCUAAUCCCUUGGUUGUUCAGGAUACUGGACAGAUGUCACAACUGGUUUUGCCAUCAUGUCCGCCAACCCCAUCAGGAUCGUUGCCCAUGUUGGGUAUGGUGGGAAGCUUUGUGGCGGAGAGCAAGGAAUCGGCUGGGAAUUUGGUUGUCCCGGGAAACAAUAACGUAACUCUGUAUAACCCUGGGACGUCUGCUUCGACACAGACUACAAUAGUAACUGGCAUUGAGACCACAGCCAGCACCCAGACAGCCAACCAGACAGUGCGGUCUCACAUGCUUUUGAAGCCACCUGGACUUGCCGGACUUAGUCGUUCCGUUGCCAAAUCCCCACCUGGUGUAGUACACAUCUAUACCCAGAACUCUCCUAAUACCCAGGUGUUUGUAAGCAGUCAAACCCCACCUGGCACCCCUGCAUCGUCGAUAGUUUACAGUCAAACGCCACCAGGCAUGCCUGCACCUAUGGUUGCUCACAGUCAGGUUCCCGCCCGCAUGCCUGUCUCCACAAUCGCUCACAGCCAGUCACCUUCUGACAAGUUAGUUACAGUUGUUUGCAAUCGGACCCGGAUGCCCACAUCAAUGGUUAUUCGCAGCCAGACACCUCCUGGUCUGCCAGCACCCUCAGCUAUUCGCAAUUACGCUCCGCCAGGUGUGCCCACCUCUGUUCGCACCGAAGCCCCUUCCGGCACGUCCACGCCCACUGCUGAAGUGAGGGGGACUCUGCCCUCUCUUCCCAUACUGUUUCGCAUCCCCGGCCAAGGCUCCAACAUGUUUUUCGUCCCGACGCUCAAUCAUCCCAUGGGCGCUGCAAGUCCUUCUAUGAGCCAUUUCUUUCCUGUGGCAGCCUCCGGUGGUGCGCCAGGUGCCCCAGUAGGAAUGCCAGUUCUCUCUGUGAGAGUUCCUGCCCCGCCAGGUGCGUCACCACAGGUGGCUCUCUCCAGCGGGGCUUCUUCCAAAGACUCUGGUCAUCAGGUUGCAAGUCAGGUGUCCACUACUGUGCCCUCGCAGGUCUCUACCUCUUCUGUGCUCCCAUCCCAGGCCUCUGUGUCCAACACUGUUUUCCCCCAAGUUUCUGUCUCUUCCCCUCUCCCCUCCUCACAGACCUCCUCCUCCUCCUCUGCAGCAGUUGGUGCCUCUGUACCCUUUCAAGUCCCUAAUUCUGCUUCAGUCACAACCAAGCAACCAAUUCUUUCUAGAGUUCCCACCCAUCCCCCUGCGACUGCCUCCCGGUCCAGCACAAGUUCCUCUCUGGUCCUCACGUCUGCCUCCGGUCCGCUGAGGAUCUUGUUCAUGUUCUUGAACCAGAGCAGGGAGCUGUCCCUGGCACUGCGCAUGAAAACCAGGUGGCACUACAAGGAAGUGUUCACCUGCCGCCAGUGCGGCGCCGUCUCCAGGCAGCCCUCGCUGGUCGUGCUGCACCGCUACCGUCACCGGAAGGCGCCGCGCCUCCACCGUUGCCGGUGCGGUCGCCGCUUCCAGGCACGCCUGCACCUACUCCGGCACCAGCUGCUCCACGCUGAAGCCACGCGCUACAUCUGCACACCGUGCGGGGACUCCUUUGAAGGCGCCCGGCGGCUGGUCAGGCACAAGGCGAACUGCAGCCGGACACGGAAAAUCAGCGAUCGCGUCGAUUGCUGGAGGCCCUUUGUUUGCACCUGCGGACGGAGGUUUGUCAGGCCGUCUGCCCUCCUGUGGCACAAACUGAACAAUUCCAGGCACAAAAACAGGGCUAGGAACACUAAACCGUCACAUCAGAAUCACCAUGAUGUGCAACGUGCACUGCCUGCAACUUGAUUUACUGUUUCUAUUAAGACUCUGAGCACUGUGGGAUGUGAAUUAUUAAAUAGAUCUUUUUGACCACCAAUAUGUCCAUAACCAGAAAUGUUCAUGUUUCAAUAUUUGUUGUUCCACACAUAAAGCUCUUUUUUUAAAGUG